UACUUCAAGAUCCUUCAUAAACUAAUUUUAAACCAUUUUCCAAAGUUGUCUAUUCAGUAGUGAUGAAAAAGUAGACGAAAUACGAAGUGAGAAUAUUUUCAUUAAAACAAAUUUUAUCCAACAACAAGAAAGACCCUUUGAUUAUUUCAUGAAUAAAUAACGAAACCCUAUGAUAAAAGUACUCGAAAAAACUCAUCAACAUUUUAAUAGCUUUUGAGACAAAAAGUAGUAAGCUCGACUGAAAGGGGAUAAAAUAUAUUGUAAUUCGUUACCGCUCCUUCAAACGGAAAUAAACAAACGUUGCUAACUUUGCGAUUCAUUCCUUUUGUGACCUUCUAAAGUUGACGAUAUUCGUAACUGUUCCCAUUUAACUGAUACAACUUUUGCAAUUAAAGCUACGUAACUGGUAAAAGAUCGUUUGUCUAAAGUAUUUAUGUUUUAAAUCCGUUUCGAAGCCAGUACCUACCAUCGAUCGCAAGCUUCCCUUAUAAACAAACUUGCCACACACCGCUAUAUUUUCCCAUUAUUAAGACAAACGCUGAAGGCUCCACGGGAUUAAGUGUGAAUUGGCUACUAUCGCGCACUAUUUCGUCAUUGCGGCAUAAUAUCCGUGAUAUUGGACUCUAUUUUGGCAAUCGAGUUGAUGAUACGCUGUUGCGAAAGGUUCAAGUAUCCUCAUUGAACCUUUUGGCCUUCACGGGACCCCAAUGAACAUGAGGAUUUAGCAAUUUUUUCAGGACGCUGAAAAUGAGAAACCCUCAUCGACUUCAUUCAUAUUCCGCAGUUGAGCGCAGAUCGCGGCGGAGGGCGGGCGCGUCCCGUGUCGCUUUCUUCCACAAUGCCGAUACUAAUUCGCUUUAGUUUCCUUAACCGAGUGAAGUGAAGUGGCAAUUAGUAUAGACAUACUAAUGACAUGAGACCAUGUCAGUCAACUAGCGUGUUCCAUAUAAACUGUUGCAAUCGUAAGCGUGAAUAGAUAAACUGUCAGGAGAAUAAUAAACUUUUCGUGUUGGAAUUGAUAAAUGAAAAACUUUCUGAAGGAAAAAGUUUAAUUUCAUAUGAAAAUAAAUAUUUUGAGAAUUUAUGAAUGCUUAAGAUAAAUAUAGGAACAGUUUUUCAAAAGUUACAAUGUAGAGUUGUAUUCUGUGGAACUGUUGUAUUACGAACAAUGCUUGAAUAGGGUUUUGUUGGUAAACUCUUGCGUACGUAAUGAUGCGAGGACUGAGAUAAGCGCUGGUGGUGGUGUGAGGCAGCGGGAUGCCUUGUUGUGGGUGCUGGUGGAACGGCAGACAGAGGCACCGGCCCCCUGACCCUGACACAUCAGGCAAUCCCCGCAACAAAUGUGCUCUCCAGCCUGGCCACAGUUUGAUGGAUUGGAUCCGACUCGGCAACUCCGGGAAGGAUCUAACGGGUGUCGGCGGGAGAAUGCGACCAGUCACACCCGCUGAACUCUCCACACACAACACAACAAACGAUGCCUGGCUGGCGAUACGCGGCCGCGUCUACAAUAUAACGCAUUAUCUACCGUACCACCCUGGAGGGCCCGAGGAACUAAUGCGAGGCGCCGGUAUGGAUGCCACACAACUCUUCGAUAAAGUACACCCCUGGGUCAACUACGACUCUCUCCUCGCAAAAUGUCUCGUAGGACCGCUUAGAUUCGAUCUCCCCGAUGCAGAAGAACUCUUCGACACUUCAAACCCGUCACCUAAGUCCGACCGUCUCAGAGAACCGUCUAAAGCGCAAGAACUAGUUAGAAAGUCCAUGGAGAACUUAGCAAAUUGCAUAACACCGGUUAGAAAGAAAAUUACUAAAGGUGAUGAUAAUUCUAAAGGGAGUCCACCUAGCAAGAUUAUGCAGAGCUUAGUCCAGUCCGCUGAUUUACCCAUGUCGAUAAGUCGCAGAGCAGCCUCCAGUCCCGUGAAAAAAACGGACAAGAGUCCAGAUUCACCUCUACCUCUCCGCCAUGAUUGGAUUCAAACAUCAACAAAACUAACGAUAUCCGUGUACACAGGACACCUGGCUAACCCGGGUGGCUGUGCCCGGAUUACUGAAGGCUUUUUGUUGAUUGAAGUUGCGACCAACGGCUGGUUGAGGACGCUUAAAAUAAAGCCCGAAGCUAAAUUAAAGGAACCUCUACAGCUGCGUGUGUUCGCUGAGAGCGGAAAAAUUGAGAUCACCGCACUCAAAGCGGAGCCGAGUGUUUGGAAGGGUUGUGGGGAGGUGACGCUGGGGGCGGCUAGCCGCGUCUCCUCGCCGCGGACCGUCGAGUGCCGGGUCAUGGAGGUGAGCAGGGUGUCACACGACACCUCGCUACUGUCCGUGUGUCCCAGAGCUGGGCCAGUCGUCGUGCCAUUAGGACAUCAUGUACGAGUGCACAGAAGAGUUGAAGGCUCAGAAUGUGUGCGUUCAUACACGCCUGUUGGUGAGGGCUGGGGACCGCCAGAUGGCACUGAAAUCUUCUCAGCACUCCGACUGGCGGUGAAGCGUUACGACAGUGGUGUCCUCUCACCGCACCUCACAGCACUAAAAGUUGGAGACCUCAUUACCCUCUCUGGACCUUACGGCAACUUUCAACUGCAAAAGCUGAAGACAGUAAAGAGCCUGUAUUUGAUAGCGGCCGGUACUGGGAUCACGCCUAUGCUCGGCCUUAUAAAGUUUAUGAUGUCAAGGUCUAAUCCUAGAUGUGAACGGACACACCUAAUAUUUUUCAAUAAAACUGAAGCAGACAUCUUAUUUCUCGAAAACUUCGAAGAAAUGGCCAAAGAGGACGACAGGCUGAAGAUCACACACGUUCUAUCGGACGCCAGUUCAUCUUGGUCUGGUCACAAAGGUCGCAUCAGGGACGAGUUGCUUACAGAAAUACUAGGACAAGUGAAAUGUGACGACAAAUGUUCUCAUUACUCUUGCUUGUGUGGCCCUACUGAGUUCACUUACGCUGGCCUCGAUUUAUUGAAGAAACAUGGCUUCAAAGAUGACUGUAUUCACGCUUUUAUGGGAUGAGUGCCAUAAUAUUAUUGCGCUAAAUUGCUAUGCCAGUGAUAAACAUGAGAAUUACAUUGUCUUGGCUUUGCGCAAAAACAAUUACUUAUUAGCGCAAUAGUUGCGCAUACUUGCGCUAACUAGUGUCUGCUUAACACCGCCAACCGUGCAUUUUAGCGCAAACAAUAACAUUGUUCUACAUAAUAUGCCAAAAAUAGAUCACACAUCUUCGGUAUUUUAUACAAGCACUUAAAUAGCAACUAGAUGAAAGUACAACCAAAGUAUUUAAUAAGAUUUUUUUAUUCCUAAAAGAUUGUAACUGCCCAAUAAAAGAGCAAUUGUAUAAUAAUAUAGUUAAUAAACUGUAUAUUGUAGUUUUAAAAAGGAACGUCUAAUUUUUUUUUAAUAAUAUUUAGUAAAGAGUGAGAUCUAUUAAUACUGUAGCUGUAACUGAAUAAACUACAUCGUAGAAACUGUUUGACAAGUUUCGGCCAAAUUCUCGCACUUACGAUAACUUUCAAGAACAAAUUAAAUGUGUAUUAGUUUUAAAACCAAAGUGUGAUAACUUAGCUUUUUUAGGUACGUCGGACAUUAUUUUAGUGAUUUGUGAUUAGAAUAUUUGUGAUUGAGUAGAUUAGCUCAAUGUACAGAAAGACAACAGUAAGUCAUAAUUGUAUGAAGUCAAAUCCUGUCGAUAUUUAUGUACCUAUUCCAUCCAUUAUUAAAUGUAACUUGUAAUCAUGUUAAGUUUAAUUCUUUGUAUAUUUUCUUAUUGAUAUAACCCACUUUUAUUUCCAUUUAUAUUUUAGUGCCAAAAUUGUAACAUGCUAAUUUUAAACGAAUUAUAAAGAUUACGUAGUGCUAAAUAGUAUAAACCAAUUUCUUAAAAAUAAAUUUCAACAUAUAAAAUGUACUUAAAAUGUGCAAAUGUGAAUAAUUUUGAGAGUUUAAUGUGCAUUCUGUAAUACUUAAUAAGAGAAAGUAUUUUUUUUAAACCUCUUAUGUAAUCAGACUUAGGUAUUUUACUAGUUUAUCUAUUUUUACUUCCCAUUUAAAGAUUCUGAUAUGAAAUGUCCUUAUAGUUUUAUUUGGACCUCUAUACAUGUAGUUCUGCGGGUCAGACAUUGAAUUUCAGUAUUUCACGGGCAUUAUUCAAAUUCAAAAUGUACAUAACAAUAUUUCGGAUAUCAUGGUAAAAUAAUUACAACAUAUCAAGUACUUACAUUUUGUAAAAGGACACCAAAAUUUUGUAUUUGUUUUUAACAAUUUAGAUUUGUCGAAUUGUCAUUAAUCAAACGGGUAACCAUUAAUGUUUGCAUUGAAAUAGUAGUGUAAUCAAACCAUGUAUAGAAACUAGGUGUGUGUUAUAUAAAUAACAAAUUUUAAUAAUUCUAUUGUAUAAUUUGUAGUAUACCUAAUUAUGUAUUUCAUUUAUGCUUUUACUUAUAAAAGUGAAAUUGGUGAAUGUUUAAAAAGUGCCUACAUUCCAUACGGUAUUUUGUUUUUGGUGUAUUGUUGAAUUAUGGGUUUCUAAUAAAUUAUGUAAUAAAACUGAUAUUUGAUUUUUAGAAUAAAAUGUUAUAAAGUACCUAGAUAUUUAAAU